ACGGCGUGUAAAAGGGCUUUUUCUACAAUUUAUAUAUUUAAAGUUAAUUUAUUGUGCAUUUGCAUUUUCUGAUUUCAGAUUUCAGAUUUCGCCGAUAGAGCUUUCAGCACGCAAUUUGAGGCGUCAGUUAAGUGACUUCUGUUUAGAUAAUAGUAACGAACUGAUGCACAGAGAAAAAGUGUAAUGAGAAGUGCAAUUUAAUAAAAAAUAUUUAAAAAUAUUAUAUACAAAAGUUAUUAUUAUAAAGGCACAAUGUUGCAAAAAAGAUGGAAAACCUUUGGCGAUCAGGAAGUUUUCGCACUCAACUCAUGCAUAAAAUGCGACCAUUUUCAUAUUUCCAGCGUAGCAAACACGACAUGCAAACCCAUCAUGGUUUUGGGCAGGACAUCAGUUGGCCAGGAGCCAUCGGUGAGUCAGGAUGUUGCCCAGCGCCGUGCACAAUGUGAGCCUGGUCUACGCGCUGGUGUGGGCCAUCGAUAACUACUAUGGCACGGCCACCAGCACGCCACUGGCGGUGGUGCAGUUCCCCACCAGCGGGGAGAGCAGGAGACUGCACAACGACAUGAUCGAUGCCGCCCUGCUCAGAUCCUCGGGCACGGGCCGCAUCCAGUUCCUGCUGGAGGAUGACCGCGUGGAGAUGAUGGAAACCAGUGCGGAACUGCCGCCGCCAAGCGGAUUGACCGGCAGACCGAUUGCCAUCUGGUUCCUGGACAGCCUGCGCUCGUACUUCCGCCUGGAGAUGUACCUCAAUCAGCUGGGCAGUCCGUACAAGAGGAAUGGCUUCUUUCUGGUCGUCUACACCGGACUGGAGGAGCAGCCCGUGGGGGCGCUGGAGAUUAUGUUUCGACGACUGCUCAAUAUCUAUGUGAUCAAUGUGAUUGUGUUCCUGCAGAGAGACGACACUGUCCACCUGUACACCUACUAUCCCUAUGGACCGCAUCACUGUCAGUCCUCGCUGCCCGUCUACUACACCGCUUUCCAGGAUCUGCCCGCACCGGCGACGGGAUUCGGUCUCACCAAGCCGCUCUUUCCCAGCAAACUGGGCAACCUGCAUGGCUGCCCAUUGGUGGUGGCCACCUUCGAGCACCGGCCAUAUGUGAACAUCGAAGACGAUCCCCAGACGCCGGGCGGCAGGAGCAUUCUGGGCAUCGAGGGCUUGAUCUUCCGCUCCCUGGCCGAGCGCAUGAACUUCACAGUUAAGUUGCUGGAGCGGCAGGAUAAGAACCGCGGCGAGAUUCUGCCCGAUGGCAAUUUCACGGGCAUCCUGAAAAUGAUGGUCGAUGGCGAGGUGAACCUGACAUUCGUGUGCUUCAUGUACAACAAAGCCCGCUCGGAUCUGAUGCUGCCCAGCAUCUCGCACGCCAGUUUCCCCAUUGUCCUGGUGAUUCCGAGUGGUGGCUCCAUAUCGCCCCUGGGUCGACUGACACGACCCUUCCGCUACGUGAUCUGGUCCUGCAUCGUGGUUAGCCUGCUCCUCGGCUUCCUGCUGAUCAGCCAUCUGCGGAUCACCGCUGCGCCGGAGCUGCGGCACCUGGUGCUGGGCAGGCACAACCAUCGUCCCUGCCUGGGCAUGUGGGGCAGUCUGCUGGGCGGUCUGGCCAUUUACAAUCCGCGCAGGAACUUCGCCAGAUUCAUACUGGUCAUGUGGCUGCUGCAGGCACUGAUACUCCGGGCCGCCUACACGGGUCAGUUGUAUCUGCUGCUGCAGGAUGUGGAGAUGCGAUCGCCGAUCAAGACGCUCGGCGAGGUGCUGGCCAGGGGCUAUGAGUUCCGCAUUCUGCCCGCCUUGCGGACCGUCUUCAAGGACUCGAUGCCCAGCACCAAUUUCCAGGUGGUGAUCUCGCAAGAGGAGUCGCUGUACCGGCUGCGGGAUGAGGAUGAUGCGGGCAUCGCAGUGCCACUGCUGCAGCCCACCGUCUACCAGUUUGACUUCCGGUCGGGCCCAAAUGAGAGGCACCUGACCGUGCUGCCCGAUCCCCUGAUGACCGCCCCCCUCACCUUCUACAUGCGACCGCACUCCUACUUCAAGCGGCGCAUCGACCGCCUGCUCAUGGCCAUGAUGUCCUCGGGCAUCGUCGCCCGCUAUCGCAGGAUGUACCUGGACCGCAUCAAGCCGGUGGCCAAGCGACGCAAGCUGGAGCCCAAGCCACUGUCCCUCUGGCGGCUGGGCGGAGUGUUCGUCUGCUGUGCAGGACUCUAUCUGCUGGCCCUAAUGGUCUUUAUCCUGGAGCUCUUGAGCGGGCAGCAUCCAAGAUUACGCCGGGUUUUGGAUGUCAUCAACAGAUACGCCGCAUAA